UAUUGAGCCAGCAACUAAAUUCGGUCCGUUAAAAAACACGUUUACUUUAGUCCAAUCGUUGAUCUGGUCGGGUGGAUUUUCAGAUUCCCGUAAAUAUAAAAGCCAAACAUUUAUGGAUAUUCAGCCUGUUACAACCAGCCACAUGGUCGCACGCAUACCUGAGAUUUUAGAAAAUGUGACCUCCUUUUUGCCAACGACCGACCUUCUCAUGUGCACCCAAGUUAACGCGGGAUGGGAAGUCGCAGCCAGAAAUCACCUCCGCGCCCGUAUCCUGAUCGACUUGUCGGCUGAAUGUCGCAAAAGUUAUUUAAAUGUGAUGGCGGUCCGAGCAAAUUACCACCAGCGGAUCGAAUUAAGUUGGAAACGUGAGGAAAAAUUUGUCCAAUUUCUUCCACGAUUUAAACAUUUUGCUGAGCAGAGCAGGGGUAAAUUGAGACACGUGAGUACUGAAUUCUUCCUGGGCGGGGGGCCAUACUCGGAGGAAUUUUUCCAGAUUAUCAAAACUCUAGGGACGCAAGUGACAUCUCUAAAUCUAAAACUAUUCUGUGCGGGUCAUAACAAAGGAGGGAGUUCCCGGAAACGGAAGAGCAUGUCCUCCUUCCUAACGGACUUCCACCCCGGACAAAACCUGGUCUUCCCUUCCAUCACUAAACUCGGCCUAAACCUACACCAGGUCACCGGAUGUGACGCAUUUCCUCUAAUCCUUGCCAAACUUGCGGCCUUAUUCCCUAACGUAUCCACACUCGGAUACCAUUGCGGUGGCGGGGACGCCUUAAAAUUCCUCUUUUUCACGAAACCCUCCCCAGUCCGUAACCUAGUCUCGUUAUGCCUCCGCGAAUCUAUGUCGCACGGGCAUUACAAUGGUCUACCCGUCUCACCGGCCCGGUUCACCAGCAAUAUAACCCGUUUUGAAUUUAACGUGACCCGCCAAAUCAGUCCAUGGCCUGUUUUACUCCAAACUUUUUCCCCCGUUUUGGAACACUUGAGAAUCACUGGGUUGGAUGAAAGAAGGUUCGAGAUGAGGUGGGGGGAUGUUAAAGAACUCGUCAUUCCGAUCAUGCCGAAACUCAAGUUUUUUGCUAUCAGUAGAAUCACAUCAAUUUAUGACACAAACUUGAACGAGGGCCUGAAAUUCGAAACUGCAAGUCCCUUGGGUAAGAUCGAUUACAAGAGGCAGUUCCCCGCCUUGCAAGUACUUUCGGUGAAUAAUGUGGGGGAAAGUGGGAAUGAGUUUGAAUCCACGGUAAAAUUUUUGUAUGAGAGUUUCCUUCCAGAAAAUAUUUCCGUUUGUGAAACACUAAGGGAAUUAUAUGUCCCGCACCCGCCCAGGGACAAAUCCAGGUUGAGGGAGACCACAUUUGUGGAUCGGAUUGUGGCCACGUUUCCAAAUUUGAAAUUUGUCAUGAAUUUGGACCAAUUUGUUAAAGGUUGAGUUCGGUGAACUUUUUUGGAGAAUAUGGAAUGGGGAAGGUUAAAAACGAAGGUUGUAAAGCUAA